AUGCCACUCAAGAAGAGGAGCAAUAAGACCUCCAAGCACAAGAACUUGGAGGAGAAGUCGAGACUCGAUAAUGAUGAAUUGAUUGAAAUAUCAGAAGAUUCAGAAAGUACCCCUGCAACUAAUUCAAAGAAUGGUGGAUCUAAAAUAACAUCAUCAACUAGUGCAAAACCAGCAAAGAAAGCUGUCAAGGAAUCAAGAAGAUUUGUGUUUUUACUAGGUGCCUUGGUUGGUGUGCUGAUUGCUGUUUAUUUCGGCGCUGUACAACAUGGUGCUACAGAUUUUGAGAAAUUGGUGAAUUUUGAAAGUUUACAAGAUUAUCUUGAUGAUUGGAAAGAUGUGAUACCAAAUGGUGUACAGAAUGCUCUUAAUGACUUCAAGCAAUCGUCUCCUGGUGAUGGUAAAGAUUUUAGUGAAGAUUUUUCAGUUGGUAAGGCAAUGAAGGCUGAAAAUAAUUUAACUGAUAAAUAUCCAGUUAUUAUGGUUCCAGGUGUCAUUUCCACUGGUAUUGAAUCUUGGAGUCUUGAAGGCACCAAGGAUUGUCCUUCACAACCUCAUUAUAGAAAAAGAUUAUGGGGUUCAAUGUAUAUGUUGAGAACCAUGUUUUUAGAUAAAACGUGUUGGUUAAAACAUAUCAUGCUAGAUGAGGAAACUGGAUUAGAUCCUCCUGGUAUUAAAUUGAGAGCAGCUCAAGGUUUUGAAGCUGUUGAUUUCUUCAUGGCUGGAUAUUGGAUUUGGAAUAAGAUUUUACAAAACUUGUCAGUUAUUGGAUAUGAACCAAACAAGAUGGUUACUGCAGCUUAUGAUUGGAGAUUAUCGUAUUUAGAUCUUGAGAAAAGAGAUCAAUAUUUCUCAAGAAUGAAACAACAGAUUGAACUGAGAUUUAAGAUUUCUGGUGAAAAAUCUAUUUUAAUUGGUCAUUCAAUGGGAUCACAAAUUGUUUUCUAUUUUAUGAAAUGGGUUGAAGCUGAAGGCGAACACUUUGGUAAUGGUGGUAAAGAUUGGGUAAAUAAGUAUAUUGCUGCAUUUAUUGACAUUUCAGGAUCGGUUUUAGGUGCGCCAAAAGCAGUUCCAGCAUUGAUUUCAGGUGAAAUGAAAGAUACAGUUCAAUUGAAUGCCUUAGCUGUUUAUGGGUUGGAAAAGUUCUUCUCAAGAAGAGAAAGACUGGAUAUGAUGAGAACUUUUGGUGGUCUUGCAAGUAUGUUUCCAAAAGGCGGUGAUUUGAUCUGGGGUAAUUUGAAUGGAGCCUUAGAAGAUGUUUUGCAUAACAACACUGAUACAUUUGGUAAUUUUAUCAGAUUUGAAAAACCAAUUGGUAAAUUUUCAGCUAAAAAUUUAACAAUGAGUGAUAGUAUUGACUUCUUAUUGGAUAAUUCACCAGAAUGGUUUAACAGAAGAACUAAAGAACAUUAUUCAUAUGGUGUUGCUAAAUCUCCAAAAGAGUUGAAAGAGAAUGAAAAGUUUUUCAACAAAUGGUCAAAUCCAUUAGAAGUUCCAUUACCAAAUGCUCCUGAACUCAAGAUUUUUUGCUUCUACGGUGUUGGUAACCCAACUGAGAGAUCAUAUAUCUAUCAAGAAGAAGAAGAUAAAGAGAUUUCCAAACUUAACGUUUCAAUCUUGUCCAAGAGUGAUAAACAAUCGGUUUUCUUCACAGAUGGUGAUGGUACAAUUCCAAUCAUGACCCAUGCUAUGUGUCAUAAAUGGAAAACUUCGCCAAAUUAUAAUCCAGGUGGAUCUCAAAUUAAGAUUGUCGAAAUGAAGCAUGCACCAGAUAGAUUUGAUAUUAGAGGAGGUGCUAAAACUGCUGAACAUGUUGAUAUUUUGGGAAGUGCUGAAUUGAAUGAAUUGGUGCUUAAAGUUGCCAGUGGGCGUGAUGAUCUUAUUCAAGAAAGAGUUGUUACAAACAUGACUGAAUGGGUUGCGUCUAUGGACUUUGGGUUUGAAUAA